AUGGCUUCAAGAGCAAUUUUACAAAAGAAGAGGAACAUCUUGUUCAAUCACUUGAUUAGUCAACAUACUCGCUUUAUUCUUGGAUUCUCUAGCGUCGGGAUUGGUCAGCCAUUUGAUUCUAGUGAAUUAGAUGGUUUGAGUCAGAUUCCCUUCUCUUCGUCUAGAACUAUUGGACAUGGACAUGGACGUGAACAUGGACAGGAAAGAAAAUUGUGUACUCUCAGCGAUGAUGAAUUGGCAGCAUGUUCAUCGUCGAGAUUAUACUUGCAUAGUUCAUUUGGAGUUUCGAAUUUUGGAAUUAGAAAUGAGAAGAUAGAGUUAGUUUCUCUUUCGAGAUUAGGAUGGACUUCCCUAAAUGCUCGUUAUAUUUCCACGGCUGCUGCUAAUCAAUCUAGAUUGGGUAAUGGCGACAGUGGAAAUGAACAAUUAGAUUCUAAACAGAAGAAGGAAGCUUCACCAGAAGAGUGUGACGAGGCUGUUGAAGACUUGAGUACCGUUAAAGCGAAAGCUAAGGCUAAACAACUUCAAGAACCUCAUAAGAGUACCGAGUCUAUUGUGAAGAGAUUAUGGGCUAAGAUUCUAGGAAUUGGUCCAGCUUUCAGAGCUAUUUUGUCAAUGAGCAGGGAGGACUGGGCAAAGAAGUUAAGUCAUUGGAAGGAUGAAUUUAAAUCUACUUUGCAACACUAUUGGUUUGGUACGAAACUACUUUGGGCUGAUGUUAGGAUUAGCUCCAGAUUAUUGUUGAAACUUGGCAAUGGAAAGAGUCUCUCUAGAAGGGAGAGGCAGCAACUCACAAGGACAACAGCCGAUAUUUUCAGGCUAGUUCCUUUCGCUGUAUUUAUCAUAGUUCCAUUCAUGGAGUUUCUUUUGCCAGUAUUCCUGAAACUGUUUCCCAACAUGCUGCCUUCCACUUUCCAGGAUAAGAUGAAAGAACAGGAGGUGUUGAAAAGAAGACUAAAUGCAAGAAUAGAAUAUGCCAAGUUUCUUCAAGAUACUGUAACAGAAAUGGCGAAGGAGGUUCAGAAUUCCGGAAGUGGAGAUACGAAGAAGACAGCAGAAGAUCUUGAUGAGUUUAUGAACAAGGUCAGAACAGGUGCCCGAGUUUCAAAUGAUGAAAUCUUAGGCUUUGCCAAAUUAUUUAAUGAUGAGUUCACUUUGGAUAACAUUAGCAGGCCUCGCUUGGUAAAUAUGUGUAAGUACAUGGGUAUCAGCCCGUAUGGUACUGAUGCAUAUUUGCGUUAUAUGCUCCGCAAAAGAUUACAGGAGAUCAAGAAUGAUGAUAAACUGAUUCAAGAAGAAGGUGUAGAGUCUCUUUCAGAAGCAGAGCUUCGUCAAGCUUGUAGAGAUCGAGGACUGCUUGGAUUGCUUUCAGUGGAAGAUAUGCGACAACAGCUUAAUGACUGGCUGGAUCUGUCUCUCGACCAUUCUUUGCCAUCUUCCCUCUUAAUUCUUUCUAGAGCAUUUUCCAUCUCAGGAAAGGUGAAACCAGAGGAGGCUGUUCAAGCUACACUUUCUUCUUUGCCGGACGAGGUUGUGGAUACUGUUGGUGUGACAGCUUUGCCAUCUGGAGAUUCUGUUUCGGACAAGAAGAGGAAGUUGGAAUAUCUUGAAAUGCAGGAGGAGCUAAUCAAGGAGGAGGAAGAGAAAGAGGAAGGGGAACAUGCCAAAGUUGCAGAAUCUAAUGAUGGUGCAAGGGAUUUAGCUACGAAAGAGAUGGCUUCAAUGACUGGACCAGCACAAGAAGAUGCAAAGGCAAAGGCAUUGGAGAAACAUGAGCAACUUUGUGAGAUCAGCCAAGCAUUAGCUGUUUUAGCAUCUGCAUCUUCAGUGAGCAGAGAACGUGAAGAGUUUUUGAGGCUUGUCAAAAAGGAGAUGGAGCUGUAUAAUAGUAUGGUGGGGAAAGAAGGUACUGAAGAUGAGCAGGAAGCUAAGGAGGCCUAUAGAGCUGCAAGGAAGGAUAGUGAUGGUGCUAUGGAGGUCGCUAUUAGUGACAAGGUUUCUUCAGCACUAGUUGACAAGGUUGAUGCUAUGCUCCAGAAACUUGAAAAAGAAAUUGAUGAUGUUGAUGCUAAAAUUAGAGACCGCUGGCGGUUGCUAGACAGAGAUUAUGAUGGGAAAGUUACACCUGAGGAAGUUGUAUCUGCUGCUGUGUAUCUGAAGGACACUUUGGGAAAAGAAGGAAUUCAUGAAUUUAUCAACAAUCUUUCGAAGGAUAGUGAUGGAAAAAUAUUGGUGGAAGACAUUGUCAAAUUGGGCACCCAAAAAGAAGAUGCUGAUAAAGAUGAAGUAGGAAGAUCCUAG